CACAGAGGGUUUCUGUAUAAAUUUCUACGAAUGACGCUCUUUAAUAGAGUAUAACUCGUAUGUAAUUUUAUUCAGGAAGCUUUUUUCCUUUUUUAUUGAUUACUAUUCACAUAAUUCAGAAUAAUACUUUCUAAACCAAAAUAUACAGUAGUGACUUCUCCAAAUAAAUAAAUAAAAGUUUCCGAGCAAGUUACCAACAACUUAUUUAUCACCGCCGUUUACAGUCGCCUAAUAAUGGCUUCACAAGACGUAACCGAAUCGAUGGAUGAAGAUUUUACUGGCUUUGACGAAGAACCUGUAGUAGUCAAUACUGGUGGUACCGCUGUUUUGCUGGAAAGUAGAGUUGAAGAUGCACCUGCUGAUACUGAUAGUGACUCGGGGAAUUUGGUCAUAGCAGAGCCCCACAAAAAGGUGGAGUUAAAGAAUGCUGAGAAGUCCCCUAGAAAACGAAAGUCCCGAGUUGAAGAUGUUACUCCUACAAGAACUCCUUCAAGUCGAGUCAGAGGACAGGGACUCGCUUUUCUUUUAGCCAUGGAAAAAGGUGGCAGUAAGAAGCAACUGGCGAAAGCUCAAGCUCAAUCAGAUUCACAUGAUGCAGCACCAAGUUCUUCGCAACCAGCUGAUCCUCCACCACAAAUACCACCUGAAGUUACUGCUGAACCUGAGUUAGAGAAAAAGAAAACAGGAAAAGAUCCAAAAGAAAAUGCUAAAAGUAUAAAAGAUAAAGAUCCAACAAAAAUCCUAAAGGAAAAAGAAGCUCCUUCCACUGUGGUACCUGCAACAGCAUCUCCAACCCCCAUUAUAAAAACAGUGAAAAACCCUGCCAGAAAAUCAUACUCUGCUAUUAAUAUAUCAUCUCCAUUGCUAAAAGAACCUUUCAAAGAAGGUUGGAGGAGAGAAGUUGUCUACCGGGCUACAGUCGACCCUGGAACAAAAACCUUGUGUGAUGUUUAUUAUUACACACCCGAUGGGAAAAAACUGAGAUCAGGGCGGGAAGUUUCCGAUUAUCUCGACAAAACAGACACCAAUUUUUCUGUAGAAAAUUUUACAUUUUUCAAAGAACCUAUUGGUAUGGACUCGAGUCAGGAGAUUUUACGUUACGCUAAAACUCGUCGAGAUGAUGGAGGAGGUGGCGAAAAACUCAUAUCCAAGAAAGAGAAAGCACUUAAAGCCCGUGAAGAAGAACUAAGGCGUAAUCUUCAGGAACUGGGUGAAGAUGUUGCGGCGAUAACAGGUCAUACCCCCGCCAAAGAAGCAGAAGUUCCAACACCUGUGGCGUCGGCUAACACAACAACCGCCGCCCCUAUACCAGCACCUGAAUCCGUUUCACCUCAACAGCGUAAAAAGAGAGGCGGUAAAGUGGAAAAACAACUGAAGAUUAAGCUAUGGGGCAAAGGGCUUAGAAGUAAAGAGAAUGCGGAACCAACGCGAAAGGAAGACACCACAGAGGGUGAAGACGAUAUGGGUGCGGCAGUAGCAUUGAGCGGAAAAGUUUCUCCCUCCCGCAAAUUACCAGACGAUAUAAGCCAUUUGUUUACCCCACAUUCUGUAGUGGGACCCAAAGGAGGUACACGGUCUACAACCCGCGGACAGAAAGCCACUCUCUCUUCGGCUGUUGGAAGCGUAGCGGUGUCUGCAGGUGCAGGUCAGCAAUUGGAAUUGAUUAAUGGCAAACGCUUUAUUUCGAUUGGCUCGAGCCCAGAAUCGGUUAGGCAUUCGCCUGCCAACCAUUUAACGGACGAUGUAUAUGGCAAAAGAGCUUUGUCAUCACCCGGUCACGCACCCAAACAAAGUCCAAAAAGAAUGAAACUCGGAUUGACCCCGAUGCAAUCUACCGGUGUUCUAUAUCCAUUUAAAAGCAAAGAAGAAGGCUUUGGAUUCUUCGUGACGGAACAUUUCAACAAUUUCGUCAGUUCCGCCUAUCACGGCCUGCUACACGUUUUUCGCUAUUUGACUGUUCAAGAACUGAUGGCGGCAGCUGGCGUCUGCAAACUAUGGAGGGACCUUGCUCUACACCAUUCUCAUUGGAGGCUAGUGCGUUUGAAAAAUUCACGCAUUUACGACUGGUCACUUUUUGCCAACCAUUUGCGCCGAGCCGGCACACAGCACCUUGACAUGAGGAAGAUGUUGUUUGUGACAUCAACCGAAGAAACUUGGACAAAUCUAGAACGGGCUGCUUCCAAUCUUUCAGAGAUCCUCCGCAUUGAUUUAUGCAAAUGCCCCACAGAAGUGCUGGAAUCGAUCGCUAAAUAUUGCCUUCGUCUUAAACAUAUCGAUGCUCAAUUUAUCAGUUCGCCUAAUCUACGUCUCGAAUUGCUGGGCAAUUUGAGCCAAUUGGAGGUCCUUAAAAUCCGUUCGGUUUCUCGCAUUAUCCUUGACGAUGGAUUACAAUCAUUUACCAAACUUAAACAGCUAAAAUUUUUGAAUUUGACGACAGUGUCUAAUUUGAAAUCCUCGGCAUUAUGCCAUUUGACGGAGCUGCCGCAUUUGGAAAGUUUAGAAAUCGGCGAUUGCGCCGAGUGGACAGAAGCCAGUGACUACGAAAUGCUUGGCCAACUUUCACGCGUGAAACAUCUCCGGCUAGAGCAAGGUCCGCCAACCAGUGUCCUCCAACAUUUGGAACACGCGUUGAACGGAAUGACAAGUCUGCAGCACUUGGAGCUAAUCAGUUUCACCAUUGACGCCCCUCUGCCUGAUUUGCGUCUCCGCAGCAUAAAGCGGUUGCUAAUUAUUCCUUGUUACACCGCAGAGACUGUAGCUGUCGUGUUGCGCCAUCUUUUCGACUGUCUCGUAUCCAUGUCUCAUUUGCAGCAGUUGAGCUGGGUGGUGACAGACGAGAUUUUGGCCAAUUUCACAGAUAGCAAACUUCCUAUUGAAAGUAAGGGAAAAGAAGAAAAAGAGGAAGAAGAAAAGGAUGGUACGGAAGAAAACGAAAGCGUCACCCUGGAUGAGUUGCAGGAUCUCUUACAUGAGCGGCUGUCCAACACAAAUGUACAACUUUUACGACUUCCAGAAUAUGCGACACAUCGAUACAGCCUGUCUGUAUCCCAAGAAGAUUAACUAAUAAUUAACCUUGCCAUCACUUCCAUCUCUUUCAUUUUUCGUUCAUCGCAUGGGCACAGACGUGGCAUUCGUACUUUAGCUUUUUUCUCCUCCACUUUUGUGUGUUCAUUUUCUUAUUUGUGUAUCUAUCUCGGUUUCCAGUCAAAUAACUAUUAGACAACAUCAAUACAAAUUCGGAAACGCCA